AUUGGCUCAGCGUUGAUUACUAGCCGUAGAAAUGAGCAGUAUGUACAUAAACAGGAUAAUUUUUUGUAUUUUGCUGACACAGCUGCCGUGUUUCCAUUCAGUCGACGAAGAGUUGCAAGAAGAAUUAGAGAUAAGGAGACAAGAAUGGGCAGAAAGAUCACAUAAAACUGAUUCUCUAUCUCUCCUUGUGUUCUCUUUCCUACUCAUUAUCACUCUAUUCUCCAUUUGGUUUCUGAAGCACAAGUCAUGGAGAUAUGUUCACGAGACAGGGCUGUCUUUAAUUUAUGGGAUAAUCGUGGGUGCAAUUGUACGAUAUGGUGCUCCCACAAACAGCUUGGAAGAAACUCCGCCUGUGUUUGCGAAUGAAAGUUUAGAUGUUCCGCCCGAUAUUAUUCAUUUGAAGAUUGUAAACUUUAGUACCUGGGCCUACAGGAUUGAGUCGGAGGUGUCUACUCUCACUGGCACUCUCAGAGACAAAGUGACUUUCGACCCUGAAAUAUUCUUCAACGUGUUUCUGCCUCCUAUUAUAUUCAAUGCCGGUUUCAGCAUGAAGAAGGUGCAUUUCUUCAGUAACUUUGGCUCUAUUCUUGUCUAUUCGUUUGUUGGAACUACAAUCUCUAGUUUUGUUGUCGGGUCUAUAACUUACGCCGUUUCUCUAAUCCAAUCUUCAGUGGUCUUCAGCUUCGCAGAAUGUCUGUUCUUCGGUGCCAUAAUCUCAGCCACUGACCCGGUGACCGUCCUCGCUCUCUUCAGUGACCUCGGAGUUGACCCGCACCUGUACUCACUCGUGUUCGGAGAGAGUGCUCUGAAUGAUGCAGUUGCUAUCGUCCUCUCAGAGACUAUUGAAGGCACACAGGAAUAUAAGUAUUCUGAUACUGCUUCCUCUUCAAGUCUGAAUUCUUCAGCUGGGUCUGUUAAUGAGCAAAUGACAAAAACUAUUUCGUUCUCGGCCCUCGACGCUCUGAAUGCGCUCGGAAGUUUCGUCACCAUCUUCGUGGGUUCCUGGGCCCUGGGUGUUCUGAUAGGGGUCAUAACUGCAUUUCUGACCAAAUUCAUGCGCUCUCUUCACCAGCACCCGAUGAUUGAGACGAGUCUCUUUCUGAUUUUGUCCCAUUGCUCUUACUUGAUUGCGGAGAGUGUCGGAUUCACAGGUAUCGUAUCUCUUCUUUUCUGCGGCGUGACUCAAGCUCACUACACUUACUACAAUCUGUCCCUCGAGUCCAGACGACAAACUAAACAGCUGUUCGAGUUCCUCUCCUUCCUGUCUGAGAACUUCAUCUUCCUGUACAUGGGCAUCACAGUGUUCUCCUUCCCCUCCCACCAGUGGAACUACAUGUUCAUUCUGGGGGCAUUGGUUGGCAUCAUUGUAGGCAGGGCAGCCAACAUAUACCCACUCACAUUCCUCAUCAAUCUAGCGAGGAGGGAGCCACACAAGAUAUCCUUCAACUUCCAACACAUGCUCAUGUUCUCAGGACUGCGAGGCGCAAUAGCGUUCGCACUGGCCAUCCGGAACACCUCCACAAGUGCUAGACAGUCCAUGCUCACCACUACUCUGCUGAUAGUCAUAAUCACAGUCAUUUGUUGUGGCUCAUUCGCCACCAAAGUGCUCGAGUUGCUACAUAUUCGGGUUGGCGUGAAAGAAGACGACAGCUCCUCCGUUGCUGAUGAUUCAAGUCACAGAAGCGGUGUAAGUGGCGGAAGUAAUGCAUCAAAUGUCAACACUUUGUCCAACGGGGGCGCCAACUCAUCCCAGCACUACGAUGAAAAUUUCAACAAUGAUAAGCAUUUCGCAAUGGGUUCAAUUGAGAGCGACGGCGAGAGGAUUCAACCGCGGAUUGUGAACUCGCAGCGGAAGGAAAAUAUGCACCCGAUCAGCGCUUCCUGGUACGACUUCGACCGAAAGUACAUCAAGCCCAUAUUGACAGUGAACCAAGGACACCCCUUGUACCUGACCUUCCCACAGCCAUGGUGUCAGCCUAUAGUGAGGUACUUCUCUAAGUCACGUGACGACGAUAGAGGAGGACACGCGAGGCGUAACAAUAGAGACAGGGAAGAAGAACAGGUUGCGUACGGGAAAUCAACGCAAAAUGGAACUACAAGGGACGCUGUUUACAUCUACCGGAAAAGGGCACAAUUAGUGUUCGGGACACUAGAAGCGUCAACGGGUGGCAGUGAUGAAGUUGAAAGCGACACUGACAUCAUUCUUGAAAAUGUCGGAGAAAUCGCAACCAGCGAAAUUGACCCCGCCUCGGCGCACCCGGACUUGCAUUCUGUGGUCACAAAGUCGACUGCUGUGAGUUCGAAUCCCGUACAUGACGCCCCAAUUGUGGCUAUCGCACCACCCCCGUCCGACUCGACGUCACCAAAACGAGGUCCACUAGCGCCACCGCCAGGGAUGCAAAACGGUGAUCAGACUACGACUCUGGAGUUGUAGUCUUAUUCUUGAGCCAGAGUAUACAGACAAUGAUAUGUAUAAAUCCGGAUGAAAUUGAUUUUUUCAAAGUUUUGAAAUUAUAUUUUUGAUUUAGGCAGUAUAAUGAAAUGCGAAUAACCUUUAAUUUAUCUCUCUUUUUGAGGUCAACAAAAUUUGGACGCUUUCCUUUAAACCUUGAUAGAAAAUUGUGUCGAGUUAUAACUGAUUUCAAUUGUAGAAUUUAGUAUAACUGAAUGAUUCGCCUGAAGACAUUGACUCUAAUCACUUUCUGUCAUAAACCGUCUGAAGCUUUUUACCCGCAAUUAUUACGUUUUACAUUCUAUUAUGCUUAGCUGGGGCCUCAAAUCAUCUCAAAGUUGCUAGAAUUUAUUUCAACUCAAAUUGCAGUUUUCUUGGAUUGUCAUCAUAUUGAGAAAAAUUUUCCACAACCAGAAAACUUACUGACUUGAGUCUCCAUAAGUUCUCACUUUUAUGAGCAUGUCUAUCUCAUCGUUUUUCGAAUGUUUUCUAGCGACUUGUCAGUAAAAAUAAUUAAUCAAGCCUUCCUUUUGAACUUGAGAUGAU